UCUUGAAUUAGGAAAUACUUUAAACAGAAGCGAAAACAAAUUAAAUUGCAUUUCUGUGUGUGUGAUUUCAUUAAACGGGAUAUUCAUUUUACUGGAAUUAGAUUGAUUUACAAUACAGAAAGAAUAAAGACGAUUCAAACAGGAUAAGAUAUACGAUUCUGAAAUAUCGAAGAAUCCGUGGUGCUAUAUCGGCUAAAGAAUAGCAUACUAGGAUGAAGACAUACGCUUAGCGAAGUGAAACAUGCUAGUAUCGAAGAAAACAUCAUAGAGAAUACAAGUCGUAUUGUUAUACGAGUUAGCAAAUCAGAAACUGCUACAAGUUCAACCGUGCUUGUAUGAUUGAGGCGGAAAAAUGAUAAUUAUGGUUUUUUAUGCCGGUGGAAUAACUUACGCAUGAUUGCACAGAUUUUGUGGUGAAUGGUUGGGAUAAAAUUGAUUAUCCGACUAUUCAUUCAUUGUGGCAGAGUCUGUGAACGAUUUAUUUGAUUCACGUUACGCAGUGUGACAUCGCGCUUUUAAAAAGUGGAAGUGAUUGACUUAAGUGUAGUCGUUGCGUAUUAAAAGGCGGAAAAUCAACAUUUCGAUUUUUUACUGAUAAAUAAUCCGGAAUUUAUAAAUUUCUUGAAGUGAUCUGUGUGUGGUAGAAUAACCAUGUUUUAACAAGUAGUUAAAAUUUUACCAAAAUAUAAUGCACAAUGUUGAUAAAAAAUAAUAAUUUAUAUAGAUUAGAUACGAAGAUGAAACUUCGGACGACCGGUUAAGUUAUAAUUAAUAUUUAAGUGUGUUCUCAGUUUGUUCAAAAUUAGUGAUACAAACUGCAGAAAGAAACAUAAGAAAAUUGGAUUUAUAUAUGUAUAUAUUAAACUACAGAUGUCAAUUCUGAUUGGAAUAUACCAUGAAACAUGCGACCGACGUCUCUUUGGGAAUAUUUACCAAACUGGACUUUGUUAAUUUUUAACAUUCUCCUGCUUUUUGGCAAAGUGUUUUGUUCCCCCCGGGAUCAUAAUUACGACUACUACCCUAGUCCUCGACCAACGUUCUUAUCUGGGGAAACCAACUUUACAUUUCACAAGGGUGAUACGGCAACAUUAAGGUGCGGGGUGAUGGAUCUUGGAACGAAAACGUCGGACGGUCGUCCAUACGUCGUGUCAUGGCGUCGAGAUUCGUCUUUACAGCCUCUUGCAAUAGGCGAAAUGAUUUUUUCAUCAAACACAGAUUACAAGAUCCAUCAUCCGGAUAAAUCGCCGUAUUGGAAUUUACUCAUUAAAAAUGUGCAACCGAAACAUGCUGAUACUUACGAAUGUCAAAUCAGCACCAGCGACAAGAUGAAAAGAAGAGUGUAUUUAAAUGUUCUAGACGAUGACACGUUUAGAAAACCUGUGAUCAACAUAAGUGGUUUAUUUCACGUGGACAAAGGACAGUCAAUUAAACUGCUUUGUAAUGCUACGGGCACGUCAGCCCCGCCUGACAUAAUAGACUGGUAUAAAGAUGGAAUACAACUGCAGUCAAAUGAGAAAAAAAUGGUGACAAUUACCAAGAAAUUUUCAUAUGCCACAAGAAAAAUGUCAAGUGAAUUAGAAAUUAAAAAUGCAAAGAUGAGUGAUAAAGGAACUUACACGUGUCGGACUUCAGAUUUACAAGUGACAAGUGUUAAUGUUAAUAUUUUAAACGCAGAGAAGCCUAAAAUUAAGAGAGUUCCAGAAGACGAAAAGCCACAAGCAACAAUAUAUAAAGGAAACUCUAAUGGAUGUUCGAGAAAACAGAAUGAGUACUCACAUAAGCUAUUACUUGUCACUUCAACUUUAUUUGUCGUGUACUUAAUGUUAUGGUCACAUGACGCAAGUUGAUACUUUGUGAAAAUCACGUGAUUUCUUUCACGGCUCAAAAGCUGGAGAGCACUAGUUGUUAAUGAAAAUAUGGCUUAUAUAUGUUACAAGAGUAAUUCAGUUGCCGGAUUGCACCUGCUUACAUGGAUUCACAAGAUCAAAGACAAGAAAUACAGGAUUUAUAGCUAUGGGAAUAUACGUUCAUAUCCAGAGCUUAAAGCAAUAAAAUCCUGUCCGACAGAAGUGUGUCUUUGAAAUUCAAGGAUCCUUACUAACAUUGUUUAAUGUAAGUUUUGGAGAAAAUACUCAUUGCGUUUAAACAGUCACGAUAUAUGUGUUAGGAGGAGCACAUUGUAUUCUUCUGUACAAAAUAAGCAUGACAAACAAAUAUACAAGGAUAUAGUGAAUAUGUUUCAUUGUAUAAAUAUUUUGGUGUUGAAAGAGUUGGUUGACAGCUUCACCUUUUGACAAUAGUAUAACUGAUAGAUGGUCGAUCAUUAUGUUAUAACUUUAUUAUUGGCAUACAAUCAUUGUUUUGUUUUCCUGUUGAGCAGCGCAUCAAUGCGGAUUUGGCAAAGAACAAAUUCACACAUCAUUAUAACAGAAAGAAAAUUAUUUAAAUUGAAAAGUUUUGAUGCUGAAGAAGCUUAUAUACGUAUUUUCUCCCAGAAAUGCAAAAUGCUCAAAGUACAUUGACGUAGCUCAAACUAAAAAUGCUUAUACGUUCAGAGAUUAUUGAUUAGAACUUUCUUAGAUCAAAUGGCCUUAAAAUAAUUAAAUAUACUAAUCAGGAGAUUGAGACACAUUGAGAUGAUUUUGAUGUGUAUAUAAGGUAAAUGUAUUAAAUUGUCUUUAUGAAUAUUUAUAAAAAGGUAACAGUUUACAACGUUUUCGUACAUAGUUCAAAUUGAUAUUUUAAAGCGCAGACCCUGAAAUAAACCCUCAUAAUUAUGUUAAUCUAAAACGUAAUUAUUCAAAUAUCGUUGAUAAUCAAAACGUCAUGAAAACUAUUUGAAAAAUCAUGUUAUGUAUCAUGUAUCAAUAUAGCGGCACACCAAAGGUAUCUCUCCCAUUAAUAUUGAUAUACACGUGCAUUUGCAUACUUACUUGUACGAGUAUUAAAUUGUAUUGCUAACAGAUAAUUUAUUAAAACAAACAAUAAAGACAAUAUGCAUGUUCUAGAAUGAUUAAGAUUCAGUACAAUUAAUAUUUUCAUAGUCUAGAUUGCAUUCAAUAUGAAAUAUAAUGACGGAACCUUACAGAAAGACGAUUAUGAUUUUGUUCUGCAAGUAAUUCUUGUGCAAGCAUAGUUUAUAAUUUGACAGCGUAUAGCUUGUUUUACAUUUAAUUUUUUGGAGAUUAUAUCCAUUAUAGAACAUCUUAUUUAAACAGAGACAGACUAAAAUAAUUGUAUAUUAAAAUAUAAAUUAAUUUCAAUUAUUAGAAAUAUCAUCUGAUUCAGAUUCUAAUGUUAAGAUAAAUAUAUUUAUUAAGGGAUUACAUUUCCAAGAAGAUGAUUAGAUUAAAGUCCCUGUUCAAGUACAUCAUGAAUUAAAGACAAUGAUGACUCUAUAACCUCUAGAUUGCAUCCAUGAUACAAAUAUAAUAUAAUUGUACCGAUUCGGAUGAACAUACGGUUCUAAUGGAUGAUUUGAUUACAAAUGAUCAUAACCUUUACACAUCGGCUUAUUAAGAAAUAUUAUAAAUACAGUAUGGAAUUAAUGUACAUUUUUGUUUCAAAGUAAGCAAAAACAACACAUUCUUUCAAGUUGGUCCUUUUAAAUGCAAACACAAAUGAAGAUAUACAGUCGAUGCGUAUAAGUUCUCGGAAUGUGUUACUGUAACGAAACAUAGUUCUUUAAAUUCUACCACUAAAUUGUUGUUAAUAAUAAUAGAAUUACCUGUUUGGGUAUUUUUUGUAUGGGACCAUUGUUUUGUUGUCAUAAAAGAUAAAGUGCUAAAUUUUAUGCUAACAUUAUACACUAUAUAGCUUACAAAAAAAAUACAUGUAUUGUAAAUAUUAAUUGCAGAGCAGAGCUUAAAUAGUGAUUCAAUUUGACAUAAGCUUGAUAAUGAUAGUAAUAGUUGACAAUUAAGUAUUUUUGAUUGUUUUUAUAUCUUAGUUGAAUUCGUGGUCUCCUUACAUGGAAUAUAAGAAAAACAAAUUUAAAACAAAAAGUAAUAUUUUACAACAAAAAACAUUUAAAAAAUAUUGUGUUGCCUUUAUGCCGCAACGCCGUGUACUAUGUUAAAUCGUCUGCAAUUUGGAAAAAAAGAUAUAAAACAGAUACAUAUAUGUUUUAUAAUCUAUAUAUCGUUAUACAUGUGUAUAUGCUAAUAUUUUCUGUGACGCAAUGUCCUGCUUACUACAAACAGAAACAAUAUAAAAAUAAAUAUACACAGCAAGAAAAUUGAAAAUCAAAUAAGUAUCCAAUUUUGCUUAAUUUUGAAUGUAAAACAAAGUCAGCCUGUUUAUAUGUCAACGUCAUUUGUUACAUGCAAAUUACAUUUCUGUGAAAGUUUGUUUAAGGAAAUGAAUAAAUGUUAAUGAUCGUGUGAAUAUAACUUACAUUGUAAAUUUUUUCGACAAUGUAACCUAAAUGUCGGCUGCAUAUGAUCACAUUGAAGAGAAUUAUUGCAUAAAUAGUUCUAUUUUAUAUAGAAUGAUCUUGUAAUUAUAUUUCUAUCAUUACAUAAUAAACUGAUUUUUUCUUUUUAUCUAUUGUAUAUGUUUUUGUCGACAAUUAUUACCAUCACAAUAUUAGUUCAUUUCAUUCACGUUUCAUCUGUUAACAAAACUCACAUUUUAAGUAUAACUUUAAUGCUAUUUGUUUUUGCGCUUAAUAAACAUACACAUAAUAAUGCGCUUUAUUGCUAGAUAAAUACUACCUCAUGCUGUGUCGUCAUGUGUCGCAUGUGUCACAUAUGUCAUUAUAUAAACAUAUUCAAUUUAAUGCGAUCGUAGUCAAUUUAUUGUUCUUACACCAUUUUAAGUUUUCCUAUUCAAAUCACAUAAUACAUUUCAGAAUGAGUCAAAGAAGGUUGAUUUCCACUUUGAACACUACACAAAUGACACAUUUUUAAUGCCAAAUUUUAACAUUCUCAAAAUCAAUGGGACAGAAUUGGUGUUACAAAAGAGUUAUAAAAUUACAGCUCAGGUGCUUUUGAUGGAUUUGGAUAUAUUGGGUAAUAUCGUAAACCAAUUAGUUUUGUUUUCCUUACACGCGUGGGAUUAGUUAGGCAUUGUAUCGUUGUUAACAUAAAGCCUGUCCUUGUACUGAAAUAUAGAGGAAUUCUAAGUCUUGCAAAACAAUGAUGCAAAAUAAUCUCAGUUUAUCAAGACAAUAACAAUUUAACAUAAAUUAUAUAUGAAUGUUUUUAAUCACUUGAAUAAAAAAUAAAAUGUAUUACAUAAGUUUUUGACAACAAUACAGGAAUUGUAUUAAUUGCAGUUUGAUAACACUUCAAGUCGCAUUUGUCAACUUCAGUAACAAAUGCUAUUGCGGUUAAAAAAAUCCAGGGCAACUCUCUAAGGAAGCACAAUACAUGUAUAAAUUCAAACACGUGUGUGCAUCUUUGCCUCUGCAAUUUUCAAGUACAAUUUUGCUCACCAUUCAUGUUUGACGCAAUGCUUAUAUUAUCUAAGUCUCUAUAUAUCUUACGUCUGCCUUUUCAGUGACGAUUGAAAGUACCAUUAAUUUAUGCCAGAUAAUUUGUCAAAAUCACACCGUAGUCACAGAAACGGUUUUAUUUGGUUGAUACUUUUAAACGAUUCUUCGCAGCACUUUUUAUAAAGGAAAUGCAACUCACAAAAUGGAUACUUUUAGUGAAAAGGCAAUAUCACCAAAUCUAUAUAAGCAUUUGAGUUACGGUUCUGCACAAAUAUGUAUAUGUAUAUUCAAUUAAAAAAAACAACAUAGUAUAUAUUGUUUUUCAUGUCAAACUAUUGCUUUCAGUUUCAAGCAAGUAUAUUCAGAAAUUCGACUUUAAAAUUGCCAGUUUUUGUGAGAGCUUGUAUAUCAUAAAUGAAGGUUAUUUAUUGUGUUUUGCUAUGACAUUGCCAGGUUUUGUCGAAACUUGACAAAAGGCAAUAUUGUAUAUAUAUGAAUAUAUAUAUAUCCUUUUUAUUCAAAUCAAUUUAGUUGUUUUGUAAGUAUCUCAUUUCCUAUAACUACUUUGUACAAGAAUCUUCAUUGUAUAUAUUUAUUGUAUAAAAUAUUUUUCCGUUGUUUUCGUUCACCACAUCUUUAAAUAUAUACAAUUAUCGAAGUUUAAUUCAUUUUUGUCUAUGCUUUUUCACAUCUAAAAAGAAACAACAAAUGAACACAAAGAAUUAAAUGAACGCAAAAAUUAUAUUAACGAAAAUGUUGUAACAUACAUGCCGUGUUACUGCAAUGUGUGGAGGGGGUGUAAAACCUAAACUAGCAUAGUGUAUAGUUGUCAUAUUGUAGCAGUAGAUAAAAGUGUGGAAAACAUUUUGCAGUAAUAAAACUGACUUAAACAUACAUUCCAGUUACUGCAAUAGUCUUUUAACUCCUACCUCUUUUUAUUUAUCUGCUACAGUUUCUUGCGAUAAGUAAAUGCUUUGUUAUAUUAAACAAACAUAUUUUUCCUAGAAUGAUUAAGAUAGUUGUUACGUCAAAGUAAUCUAGAAUUGUUCACUUUGUAUUAUCUUUCCAUAGCGUUCAUUUUUAAAUAUUUCUUUUAUCAUCGAUGCAUCUUACAUCAUAUCAUAAGUCACGCUAUAAAGUGCAGAUCUUUUUGUAGUUUCGAGUGCUAUUCAAAUAGACUAACUCCGAAAUGAAAACUAUUUUGUUUUUUUUUCCAACUAAUUUUUAGGUACAAACAAACUUUUUCAGUUACAGCUUCGAAAAUAAGCGCAACUGAUUGACUAAUCUAUUGUAACGGGUAGUGCACCGUGAAUCUAUAACGGUAAAAGUUUUUUUGUGCCUACGGAUUAACGGGAUAAAACCCAUAGGAUAACAUCUAUUCACACAUUCAGAUUAGCUGUCCUCAAUUAUCCACUUUGACCUUGUAUCAGAUAAAUAUAAAUACCAGAUUUAAAACAAAUGAAAGUAGAGGUAAGUUUGCUGUUAUAAGUAAUGUGUAGGUUGUUACAAAAUGUAAAUAGUAACGCUAUGUUGCGUCUGUGUAAUUUUAUUUUCUAUUAUUCGAUUCUAGAUUAUAUAUGAAAGUCACUCUAAAAUAAAAAUGAAAAAAAAAACAACAACAAUAAUGUAAUGAUGCAGACAUAUUAACUUCAACACACUUAUAGACACUUCUAUGUCCUAUUGGAAAAAUAAAUGUAUGUUGCGACAGAGUGACAGCUUGAAGUCUAUUAGACUGUAUAGAGAUGUUUCUUUCUUAUUACAAUAUUAUGUUUUUACAUUUUCAUAGUAGUUGAAUAAUAUCUUUAUAAUUUAAUUUGAAAAAACGCCUUCAGUAGAGAAAUACUUUCUAAAUGUGUUCUUAAUAUCUGCUGUGUUCAUUCAUUGCUUAUAUGCUGUUCUCUUUGGUACACUUACACUUAUUAUUAUGCAUUUUUGUUGAUCAUCUUAUGUCAAUAUUGUUUCUUUUAUUCAAUUACCGGUUAAAAUGUUAUUUGUCACUGUUGAUGUCAUUAAAGGAGAUACAUUAUUGUGUUGA